CCCCGGGAUCCCGCCCGCCUCCCUCUCCCUCAGCCCGCCUCCUCCAAUCGCGGCCGCCCUUACUGCCGGGUGGGCUGAGCUGCCCGCCUGCACGCCCAGCUGAUCCGAGGCUCGGCCAUGUCAGCUCCAGAUUCAGGCAGUGGCCCUCCGCCUGGGCAGCCGGCCCCAUUUCCUCCAGCUCCACCACCAAUUCUGCCUCCUCCCUUUAUGCCUCAUCCUGGGAUCCCGCCUCCGUUCCCUCCAAUGGGGUUGCCCCCAUUGGGACCGCGCCCGCCCCCUAUGCCACCCAUGCCUCCGGGCAUGAUGCCUCCUCCCCCAAUGAUCCCACCCAUGCCUGGACCGCCGCCCCUUGGACAGAUGCCCACAAUGGUACCACCAAUGCUGCCUGGGAUGAUCAUGCCGGGGGUGCCAGGUGGGCCUGUUGCUGUCUCUGGAGGGGCAGGUCCUGCAACAGACCCAUCCAGUGCCACGGCGACCCAAGGAGCCCCUGUGAAGCCUUCAUGGACUGAGCAUCGGGCUCCGGAUGGGCGAGUUUAUUACUACAAUUCUGAAACCAAACAGUCAAGCUGGGAAAAGCCAGACGAGCUGAAGUCCAAGGCAGAACUCCUGUUGUCACGCUGCCCCUGGCGUGAGUACCGCUCGGAGACCAGGAAACCUUAUUACUACAACACUCAGAGCAAGGAGUCCCGCUGGACCCGUCCCCGUGACCUUGAUGACAUUGAAGCACUGAUCAAGGAAGAGGAAGAAGAAGCAGAGAGGCAACAGCAGCCUCAGCAACCAGAGGCACCACUGUCAGGCCCUGACAGCCCCACCCCAUCCUCCGCAGCCACCUCAGACACAGAAGGCACCGGGGGCAUUGAAGGACAGGAAACGCCAGGCACGGAGGGCGGGCCGACUGCAGCUGAGGAGGAGAUCGCAAGCAGCUGUGAUCCCGUCCGGAGAGACGAGGAAGACCGUGGCCCUGGCAAUGCCUGGAGCAACAAGGAAGAAGCCAAGCAAGCUUUUAAGGAGCUGCUCAAGGACAAGGGCGUCCCAGCAAGUGUGUCGUGGGAGCAGGCCAUGAAGCUCAUUAGCACCGACCCGCGGUUCAGCGCUUUGCCCAAGCUGAGCGAGAAGAAGCAGGCUUUCAAUGCUUACAAGGCUCAGCGGGACAAGGAGGAGAAGGAAGAGGCCCGGCUCCGGGCCAAGGAAGCCAAAGAGGAGCUGCAGCGCUUCCUGGAGCAGCACAGCAAGAUGAGCUCCAUCACCCGCUACAGGAAAGCUGAGCAGAUGUUUGGGGAGCUGGAAGUGUGGGCUGUGGUGCCAGAGCGUGACCGCAAGGAGAUCUACGAUGAUGUUCUCUUCUUCCUGGCCAAAAAGGAGAAGGAACACGCCAAGCAGCUGCGCAAGAGGAACAUCCAGGCUCUGAAGAGCAUCUUGGACAGCAUGAGCCGCGUCAGCUUCCAGACCACCUGGUCCGAAGCCCAGCAGUACCUCAUGGACAACCCCAGCUUUGCCGAGGAUGAAGACCUGCAAACCUGCCCCACCUUGCUGGCCCAGAGCGAUGCACCCUCUUGCCCAGCUGAGCUCGGGCCCCUCCCACCUCUUUCAGACAUGGACAAGGAGGACGCCUUGAUCUGCUUUGAGGAGCACAUCCGGACCCUGGAAAGAGAGGAGGAGGAGGAACGUGAGCGCGGCCGGCUGCGGGAGAGGCGCCAGCAGCGCAAGAACAGGGAAGCCUUCCAGGCCUUCUUGGACGAGUUGCACGAGAGCGGGCGCCUGCACUCCAUGUCCACUUGGAUGGAGCUGUACCCCUCCCUCAGCACCGACAGACGCUUUGCCAACAUGUUGGGCCAGCCUGGCUCCACCCCACUGGACCUGUUCAAGUUCUACGUGGAAGACCUGAAGGCCCGCUUCCAUGAUGAAAAGAAGAUUAUCAAGGACAUUCUGAAGGACCGGAGCUUCAGCGUAGAAAUAAACACAACCUUUGAGGACUUCGCCCACGUCAUCAGUUUUGACAAGCGUGCUGCCACGCUGGAUGCCGGCAACAUUAAGCUGACUUUCAACAGUCUGCUGGAAAAGGCCGAGGCACGGGAGCGUGAACGGGAGAAGGAAGAAACUCGCAAGAUGCGGCGCAAGGAGGCGGCAUUCAAGAGCAUGUUGCGCCAGGCAGCUCCUCCACUGGAACCCAACACUGCCUGGGAUGAGGUCCGAGAGCGGUUUGUCAACAACAUAGCCUUCGAGCAGAUCACACUGGAGUCAGAGCGGAUCCGCCUUUUUCGUGAGUUCCUGCAACUACUAGAGACGGAGUGCCAGCAUUUCCACGCCAAGGCCAAGAAACACACCAAAAAGCCCAAGAAGCACCAUCGCAAGCGGUCUGCUUCGGGCUCAGAGUCAGGCUCAGACCACCCUCACCGCACAGCCAAGCGCAAGAAACGAAACCAUUCGGAAUCGGCUGGUUCAGGACCGUCGUCGUCACCUGAUUCAGAGCACAGCACCAGGCGCUCCAAGAGGCAGAAGAAGAAAAGCAAGAAAAAGAGGCACAAAUCGAACAGCCCUGAAAGCGAAGCUGAGCACAAGAAGGACCCGAGCCGAGCCGACGAGUGGGAGCGAGAGAAGGCCCCUCCGCGACCUGAGGGAAGAGGCCACUCCCCUCCCCGGGGCACCAGGAGGGAGCGGAGCGGCUGGGACACCUCAGAGAGCGAAGAGCUCAGUGAAGGGGAACUGGAACGUCGGCGCCGGACUCUGCUGCAGCAACUGGGUGACCAGUAACCACUGCAGCCUCUUUUGAGGCUCCCUUUCCACACACGCCAGACCCAAUUGGUCCUUGUUCCUGCGUAGGCUGUGCCUUCCUUUGGCUGCGACAGCGCCCAAGCCAAGCGUGUGCACUGCUCUGGCCCGGAACCUGCACAAUUGGGCUGCAGUGCCCCCCCUCCACCACCACCCCUGCUUGCUUCUGAGUUGGGAACGGGCCCUGCCCACUGGCAGGGACGGCCUCCAUCGAUUCCCCCUGUCUGCAUGGAGCCACCAAGACAGGGAGGAAGGAUUUGGCUGUACUGUCUGGACCUAAAAUUCAGAACCAGCUCUGGGAUCCAGCCUGAAGAAGAUUAGGGGGAAUAGGGUUAGGGGCUCCUCCGUGCAUCAGUUGGCAACGUAGCACAGGAGCAAAUGGCAUCUCUUCUCGACGUUUCACCAGGGCUGCACCUGCUAGGAGCCUCUUUGGCCUAGAACCAGAAUGGCAGGGUCCAGUUUGUUUAUCACAGCAUCAGCCCUGCCUGGGGAACGUGGUCCAGGAAUGGGGACAGGAUGUAUGUUCCUGGUUGUUUUUUGUUCUUUUUUUUGAAGGUUUGUCUCAGUGACUGGAUCCUUCUUUCUGAUUGCAGUACCCCUUGUGUGUUGAGGAUUCAGUGGGAUUUUUCAAACAAUAUUUAUAAUAAACUUGGACUAGAAUUAUC